CACACACACACACACGCGCGCACUCUCGCAUAGUCUUUAUCGAAGAGGAGGGGGCCUCGGUUUAUCGACUCCUCUUGGACUCCGAGGCGAGUGCACCGUCCGAGGAAAACAGCAAGCGUCCACGAACUAAACAGAUACAUACACGAACGCUGUUAUUAACCUGAAGAGCGGUACAAGGCCCCCUCCCCCGAGACGUAUUGAUCCACAGCAGCGGUUUGCGGACGGAGCGAUGGCGGACUCAGGCAGCACCGCAGCGGCAGCCGGAGCCGCAGGCUCGAAUGGGAGCGCCGCCGGGGCCGGAGGAGCGGUGCCGCCCGGAGGAGCGACUGGAGCCGCGGGAUCAAAACCCGGCCUGGAGUCCGUCAAAGGGCAGAAUUUCGACGUGGGCCCCCGCUACACCGACCUUCAGUACAUCGGGGAGGGGGCCUACGGAAUGGUUUGCUCCGCAUUCGACAAUGUGAAUAAGAUCCGAGUGGCCAUUAAGAAGAUCAGCCCGUUCGAGCACCAGACCUACUGCCAGCGCACCCUGAGGGAGAUUAAGAUCCUACUGCGGUUCCGACAUGAGAACAUCAUCGGUAUCAAUGACAUCCUGAGAGCGCGCCACAUUGACUAUAUGCGGGACGUCUACAUCGUCCAGGACCUGAUGGAGACGGACUUGUACAAGCUGCUGAAGACCCAACAGCUCAGCAACGACCACAUCUGCUACUUCCUGUACCAGAUCUUGCGUGGGCUGAAGUAUAUCCACUCUGCCAACGUCCUCCACAGAGACCUGAAGCCCUCCAACCUGCUCAUCAACACCACCUGUGACCUCAAGAUCUGUGACUUUGGAUUGGCACGGAUAGCUGACCCAGAGCAUGACCACACUGGAUUCCUCACAGAGUAUGUGGCCACUCGCUGGUAUCGUGCACCUGAGAUCAUGCUCAAUUCCAAGGGCUACACAAAGUCCAUUGAUAUCUGGUCAGUGGGUUGCAUCCUGGCUGAGAUGUUGUCCAACAGGCCCAUUUUCCCAGGAAAGCACUAUUUGGACCAACUCAACCACAUACUAGGUAUCCUGGGCUCCCCCUCUCAGGAUGAUCUAAACUGUAUCAUCAACAUGAAGGCCAGGAACUACUUGCAGUCUCUGCCCCAAAAACCCAAAAUUCCCUGGAACAAGCUUUUCCCCAAGGCGGACAGUAAAGCUCUGGAUUUGUUGGACCGCAUGUUGACCUUCAAUCCCAUCAAACGUAUAACUGUGGAAGAAGCAUUGGCCCACCCUUACCUGGAGCAGUACUAUGACCCCACUGAUGAGCCGGUUGCUGAGGAGCCCUUCACCUUUAACAUGGAGCUAGAUGACCUUCCUAAAGAGAAGCUGAAGGAGCUCAUCUUUGAGGAGACAGCUCGAUUCCAGGCUAACUACCAAGGCUCCUGAAAGAAGCGAGCUCUCACGGAGAAUGACCAAGCCACGUGAUGGCUAAGAACAAGAUAACUCCAAACAAGCUACAAAAGAUAUACGUACAUAUAUGGUAUCCAAAAAAGAAGAAAAAAAAUAUACAUUGAAAACUUGAGCGUUUCUUUUCUUUCUCCAUCUCUCUUGCUGGGCGGCUGUGCGCUGGUUUGGGCGUGUAACUUGCUAUGUUAAUGCCAUUGAAUGAGGCUGUUACUCACAAUCUCAAACAUUGCUGCGCACAGCCUCUACUCUUUCACCCCUGCUCCCUUCAUAUCUCUCUCUCUCUCUCUCUCUCUCUCUCUCUCUCUCUCUCUCUCUCUCUCUCUCUCACCCUUCUACUCUCCCCCACCUCUCCAUCACUUUAGUUUUCUCUCCUUACUAUUCCCUGUAUUGCCCUUGAAUGGAGAAAGAGUAGAGAGGGAGAGGAAGAGUGAGCACAUGGUUAUUAUGGGCUCUAGCUGGGUGUGUGUACAUAUAUAGGGGCGUUGUGUUUUGUUCGUUUAUUUUUUUUUUUGGUUUUUUGCACUCUUGGAGUAUUGUAUGUCAGAGAUCUGUUUGUACACUGUAAUUUGAACGUUAUGAUCAGUUACAAAAUGUGUUUUGUAUGUUGGGAGUUUAUAUUUGAGUAUGUUUCUAGGUUUUGUCUUUUUUGUUUGUUUUUUUUAAACAAAAUACAUUACAUGUGACGAGCUUGAUUACUUUUUGUUUUUGGCUUUCGUGAAGAGGUCUUGCUCAGAUUGUGAUAUGUAUCUUUAUAGCCGGUGGGUUUACUAUGGAAAUGGAGAACAAUCCAGGCCAGGUGAAGGGAAGAAGGAGCAAGAGAUACAGAAUAGUCUCCUGCUUUACUUACUGUACAAAAUAUCAGAUCUCCACCGUUAGGAUUUGAGACGCUUUCUCGCCAGUGCUUUUGGAAAAUGAAGCCAUCAGUAUCAUCAAAACUCAGACGUCAUGUUCACAUUCCUCAUGAUGCGCCCUCAUUCUUUCCUCCUCUCUCCCUCUUUUUCUUUAUUCCUUGCUCUUUCUCAAUCAGUUUUCACCCACUCCGUUUAUGCUUCAUGUCAUAUAUAAUUUCCUACAUAUCCCUUCGCGUGGAGGUUUUUCUUUAUUCGUUGUGUUGCUCUUAACAAUGGUUGUCAUUGGUUACUAUGUCUGUGGCUACUGUUGCCAUGGUCUCCCCUCCUCCUUUUUUUGGUAACAAAACAUCAGCAGACUGUGAGCAGUAAUCUUUCAAAUACUGCUCCUCUGAUGCUUUCAUGCAACGUAUCUUUCCCUUCUUCUGCAUCAUUCCUUCUUUUCCUCUUUCUCCUCACUCUUUGUGGGUUGAGGUAACAUAGCCAAGCUGAACGUUUUCAGAGCCAUAGCACACGGUCAUUCCCCAUCCUCCUUUUGUGAUGUCAGACUUUUUGAAAGGGCUUUUCCACAGGGCUUGCUGACCUCAUGCCUCUCUCGUCUGUGAUUGGUUGACCUUGUGUUUAUUGUAGUCUGUGAUUGGCUGACUUUUGCAUGUGCCAUGUCACAGUUGUUACUGCUAUUUGCCCUGUCUUUAUGGAACUGUUAUUAGCCUAUUUAUAUAUAUAUAUUUUUUUUUUUUUGUGCAACAAAAAAUGCACUGUCCUUACCCAUUCAAACAGACGCUUUUGGCUAGUUGUGGAUGAGGAAAGCUUGCUCUCGGGGGGAGGAAUGGAGGAAUUUGAAGUAGCACAGGGUGUAUUUGUUUUGCUUAAAGGCCAGGCUUAUCUUAAUUUCCACCACUGACCAAGCCUUUCUGAACGGUGCUUUGAAUUUACACAAUUGAAAUGCUUUAGUCAGCUGAACAUAAAUAAAGUGGUCCAUCAACAGCAGUUACUAUUUUUCAGUUCACUUGUUCUGGCAUAAAUUAUGUGGAGUAGGGAUGCACAAUGAUAUCGAAAUCAUCAUGGUAUCAGAUAAAAGCUAAUUACUAAAUUGCAUAAAAUAAAAAAUAUAUAUAUAUGUCUUUUUUUGGACUAGAAAAGCAGAAUGUUUAGGAAACGCUCAGCUACUGUGCUAAAAUUCAGUAGAUGCGUACAUGGAAAAAUAUCGGAUAUCAGCUUUGGCCUACGAUUCUUAUAUCAUUGCAUCCCUAAUGAUGAUGUAAUGUUGAUUUUGUUCAAUUGCAGCUGACUAACACAUUUGAAUCAUGUAAAUUUGAGGCAUUUUUCAGUGAAUGAAAUAAAACAAGCGCACCUUUCUUCAGAUUUCAUAUGUGAUGUUGCUCAAUCUGUGCACCUGCACUUUGUGUCUCAUGACCAAACACUUUUUUUCUUGCCUGUGCAAUUUCCUGUCUUAUAGAAACAAGAGUUAAGGAAUGGAGAUGUAACAACAACAAAAUUCAUUUCCUUCAUUUUGGUCCUUUAUUUUCAGUCCUGUCGUCUUUUUUCCUCUCCUCUGCUUUCUUCUCUUUCUCUCUCCCCACCUCCUGCACUCCUCUGCUUUGCUAGUGCGUUGUGGGACAGGAAGGCACAGAUGGCAGGGCUGUAUUGCGCCCAUGUCCGUGUCUGCAUGUCUGUCUGUUUCAGCCUCGAGCUGCUCUUCUCUGCUUGCCCUUGGGGGGGUGACACCACACCGCUCACUGACCUGAGGGAAAUCAUUUACCAAGGAAAACGAUCUUUCUAUUAUGCUGUAUUGUUGCUGAUGUAAUGCUUAUUUACAAACGGGACCAUGGGGACUGUCUACAAUCGUACACACACACACACAAACACACACACUCACACACACAUCACACACAAACACUUGCAGAUAUCACUCACACGAAAAACAGUAUAUGAUUUGAAAGGCCUACAAAUGAGGCAGAUUUCGUAAUUUCGUCCUUUUAAUGGCUGUUCUUAUAAUUAUUGCUGUUGUUAUAUUGGUGAGUCUUUUUUUUUUAAAGAACUGAAAAGGGAUUUAAAAUUGUCUUUUUUUAUUAGUAUGUUUUUAUUUUUUUCUCUUAUUUCUUUCUUUGGGUGUGAAAAUUAAUUGGCUGUGACGUCACUUUCGGAAAUCUAUUUUUCUUUUCCCUUAAACUUAUAAGGACUUAUUUUAAAAGAUGAUUUAAAGAUAUGAGUAGAUAUGUUAAGAUAAGAACCACAGAUGGUUAUAGUCUAUGUACAUGCUUAUGGGUAUUAUGAAUUAAACAAUUAACAAAGAAACAGAAUUAUAUACAUAUAUUAAAUAAACUUCCUGAUACUGUA